UUUCAGCAUGCCAACACCGCCUUACACGAGUGCUCUUGGAAGGGGCACAGUCGUACUGUGCGACUUCUUUGCUCCGCAGGAGCGCCUCUGACUGCAACUAAUGCGGGAGGAUUUGCGCCCCUGCACUUGGCGUGCCAAAAUGGCCAUAACCAGUCCUGUCGGGAACUUUUGCUGGCAGGGGCCGAUCCUGACCUGCGGAAUGGAUAUGGAGAUACCGCUUUACACACUGCUGCUCGAUAUGGGCAUGCUGGAGUUACCAGGAUAUUGAUUUCUGCAAAGUGCAAAGUGUCCGAAAGAAACAAAAACGGCGACUCAGCCAUUCAUAUAGCGGCCGCAAUGGGUAGACGAAAACUAACAAGAAUUCUACUGGAAGCUGGUUGCGACAAGUCGAUCAGAAACAAACAGGCCGAAACUGCACGAGACAUUGCGCUCAGAAAAGAUUUGGGCGACAUUGUCGAUAUUCUCGAUGAGAACAAUUCGCGUGAAAGUCGGAGAAGCAGGAAGGAGAAAACGAGCAAGAGACGGUCGAAAAGUAAAGUUCGUUUCGAAGGAAAAGGCGUCAAAGUUUCAGAUGUGGUCGAUAUAUCGGUGACUGAAGCUCCUCCAAGCAAACCGGCGCCUACCAGCACGAAUAACAAAAACUGGUCUCCGUAUGGUUGCCACUACUAUCCUGAUCCGGAAGCUUUUCCAUCUCCUAACCUGGACUCUUUGCCGCCUGAGCCCCUGAAAAAAGGGGAGCAAUACUAUCUAGAUUUGGCAGGAAAUAUCUGUAAGGGGCCAGUUGGAGUUGGAUACACCUGCUAUUGUGCCCCUCUGUUUAGGCAUUUGGAAGCCAAGCUGGCGAAGGACAAGAAGGAGCUGGUCCGAGCUCAGGUUCGAUUGGGACAAAGAGUGGCUGGCUUGGAACAAAAACUGAAUAGAGGUGGACACGGCCGUCGAUCUGAACGAGUUCUUAACGCUCACAAGGAACCUGAACCUCAAAUGUCCCGUUCCAGAAGCUUGGAAAUGCUGGAUACAGGAGGAAAGUCACAUUUACAAGGAACAAGAAGUAUGGAUGAACUAGAUCCACACGAAUGCGACCCGAAAGGCCCCUCCGUAAAAGAGCUUGUGGCUAGAAUUCAGCAACAGCACCAGAACUCAAGUCAUAACGAUGGGGCUCAAAGCGAGAGCAGCGACGAUGAAGAUGGACCUCUUCGAAUGCCAUCCAGGAAAGGACCAAUGGGUGAUGGAAAUUUGGUUCCAGUGCAAUUGGGACAGUCGCCAGGACCAAUACAUUUAGGACACUACGAAAAUGUGCCUAAUGAUGCCCCGCCUAGAAGUCGAAGUGGAGUUUACAGUCCAACAGGCGAUCCGUCCCUGGUGGAAACUUCUACCAGAUAUAUUGAACCGAUCGUGAAAAUUCAGGAACCUGUAACAAUGAGAUACAACGACCAGUACAAACAGUAUCCACAACCCAGCACCAGUAGAUACGACCCCAUGAACCCUUACCAGCCGGAAAUGCGCUACAAUGACCCCACAUAUCAAGCGCAUUUCUACGAAGACGAGCUGCCGAACCCCACCAAGUACUACGAUCACACGAUCAACGCCCGAUUGGCAAAAUUGCGAGUUUUGGAUAAUUCGAAGGGAUAUCCAGACUCAAAAAACCCCAUUGAGGGUUCUUCCAGAAUGCUGGAUCCAAAUUUUGGCGGACGGGUUCUGGAGAACCCCCAUGAUACGGUGGAUCGAGACACCAACAACGAUUCGGGUUAUUCGACGAAAGUUUAUGGAAGUUCGAAAGGAAACUCUCCGAGUUUAUGCGGACAGAUUGAGGGAGAGUGUCUGGGAGCUAGUAGUUUGGUGUGAAGUUAGUACAAAAUGUAAUAUAACUUGUCAGGUAUAAUUUUUUUUAUUGAUGCUGUUUGCCGUGUUAUCUCUUUUAUGGUUGAAAAAUCCCCAAGUAUCGGAGCGAAAUCAGUUUAAUUAAACUUAGGUGGUUCUAUAGAAAAAUGUUAACCUGGUUUCCUUUUCACCAUCGAGAUUCUCUUUAAAAUAAGUAAAAGUGCGUAAUUUCUGUAGUAAAAUUCAGCUAAACCUCAGUGACCUAAAACUAUUAGAAGCGCAGCAAAAAUCAGGGAGGAUUAUGACUAUCUGAUUUUUAAAAUUCUGUACGUUUCGUUUUUAUCUCCGAAUAUUGCACUUAUACUAUGAUUUUGUAUUUUAAAAAUGCAAGGUUCCUUAGCAAAAAACAUGAUUUUUUCAACAAGCAGAGUGCCAAAAACAUCUAAGUAACUAAUAGGAAAUCUAUGAAGACACUCAUUGAAAAAUGAAUUGGAUCCGAAAGCCAAUAUUUUGAGCAUCUUCCUUAUUGUUAAUAACGCAUUAUCUUGGUGAUCAUGAUUGGUGGAUAAAAAAUUCAUUUUUUAACAUCCGAGAACUUUCAAAAGAGAUUUCGUCGUGCAAAACCAUAUAUAAGAAAAAAUAUUAUUAUAUUAUAACGUUAUGUAAAAAAAAUACUAUUUUCUUCUAAGGAAUUCACUGUUUAACUGACUCCCUAUCUUUUUGUCACACCGUGUGUUUUGCGGGUUUUAGUAUUUUGCUCCCAAACUUUUCCGAAAAGGACAAACCUAAAAAUUGAUUGCAUUUUGUUGUGUUGAAUGAUGUAAAAUUAAGAAUUUGAGAAUGGAAUAAUUCCAAGUGCUUCUAAAUGGUCUUCUGGUCAACUUAGACUAUUCAAUUCAUUCCACCUAAUAAAUGCACAAAAGCUUCAAAUGUGCGAAAACUUUGUGUUUUUCAACGUUUUGUUCGAACACCAAGGCAAUUUUAAUGGUUUUAAGUCAGAAUUUUUUUUUUGAAGCAAGGUAGAUAGUAUCAGAGAGUUUUUGCUAAAAAAUAAAAUAUUGAGAGAGAUAAACCGUACUUUACAAUAGUAUCUAAAAAAUCUCAUCACUCAGUGCCUCGUUUCUGUAAAUUAACCGUAGCUGUAGAAUAUUUAUUAAACCAAUUUAGUGAAGUAAAGCUGUUGUACAUAAUGAGGUUUUGCAACUGUGUACAAAACGUCCUGUACAUUCUACAUAUUGUUGAAUAAUUUGUAUAUUGGAAGAAUAAAGUAUAUUUUAUUAAUUUGA